AUGACAGGUAGGGUUAAGGAUAUAGUUAUCAUUGGAGCAUCAUACGCAGGUAUAAUUGCAUUAAAGAUAUUAUUAAGAUCGAGGAAAUGUCCAUCAGAUCUAAAAUUAAAUAUCUAUUUGAUAUCUCCCAAUGAUUAUACCUACUUUAAUAUGGCAAGUCCUCGAUUAAUACUCGAACCGGAAUCAUGCCCAAAAGUGCUUUUCAAGCUCCAGGAUACCAUCGACAAAUACGUCAAGAAUACUAGGCAUAGUGUAACCUUUAUACAAGGAUCAGUGGGGAACGUUGAUUUAGAUAAACGUGUGGUAUGUCUCGCUGAAGAUGACGGAUCACAAAUUUGUUAUGAUAAUUUGCUAAUCACAACUGGAACCAGACUAAUGGAACCUGGAUUUAAAUUGGAUAAUAUCCAGGACCAACAAUACUCCGUCAAUGGAAUUAAAUCCUUACACAAAAAGCUCGAAUCAGCAGAAAGUAUUGCCAUUGUAGGUGCCGGUGGAACUGGGGUCGAAAUCGCCGGAGAAAUUGGAGAUGAUUUUGGAGAUACUAAGAAAGUAGUUUUGUAUUCUGGUAGAGGUAUGCCACUACCCAGAUUCCCUGACCCUUUAAGAAGAAAAGCAAGUGAGAAAUUGGAGAAGCUCGGAGUUGAAAUCGUGAAUAACGAUAAAGUAAAGAUUAAUGAAGAUGGAAAAUCUGUGACAUUAAAAGAUGGAACGAUCAAGGAAUACUCAGUCGUAGUUCAAGCACAUCGUAACAUCCCCAAUACUGAUUUCUUACCCGAUACAGUCUUAAGUGAUACCAAAUACAUCAAAACCGAUAAAUACCUUCGUCUUGAAAAUUACCAUAAUGUGAUAUGUAUGGGAGAUGUUUUGGAUAUGGGAGUUUCUUCAGCUGUGGAUUUAUUCCACUAUCAAAAGCCAGUCUUGACAAAAACGAUAGAGUAUGAAAUAUUUGAAAGGAAAUCGACAAAGUUGAAACCAUAUCAAACUGAAAAGAGCGUUUCGUUUAUGUGUCCGAUUGGAAGAGAUGGAGGUGUUGCACUUUCGUUUGGAAUACGAAUGCCUAAUUUCAUAGUUAGAAGUCAGAGAGCAAAAGAUUAUCUGAUAUCUAGAGCUCGUUGGUUCCUUACUUGA